AUGUCUCAGGUCACGAAGAGGAAGCAUGUGGUGAAGGAGGUGUUGGGGGAGCACGUGGUGCCCUCCGACCAGCAGCAGAUUGUGAGGGUACUCAGGACCCCAGGGAACAAUCUGCAUGAAGUGGAGACGGCCCAGGGACAGCGCUUCCUUGUGAGCAUGCCUUCCAAGUACAGAAAGAACAUCUGGAUCAAGAGAGGAGACUUUCUCAUCGUUGACCCCAUUGAGGAGGGAGAGAAGGUGAAGGCUGAGAUCUCAUUUGUGCUCUACAAGGACCAUGUGCGCGCUCUACAAAAGGAGGGGCUCUGGCCUGAGGCCUUCUCUGAGGUGGCUGAGAAACAAAACAGCAGGAACAGAUUUUGUUUAGAGACGUGUCAGACCUACAAGAAGCGCAGGGAGCACUGGUGGCAGAUCCGUGAGGAGUGA